AUGUCGUCCGAAGAAGGAUCGGAUUUAGAACUGCAAUCUGCAUUACCGAAACUAAACAAUAAAAAAAUGCCUAAAAGUCCCUCAGAGGACUUACUUGAGAAGAAACCAGAAAAGAAGUUAUCGACGAAAGAAAUGAUCAAUCAAGCUCUAAUCGACCUCAAUACACGUAAAGGGGUAUCGCUAUAUGCAAUCAAAAAGUACAUUACUGAGAAAUACAGCGCUGACACUGAUAAAUUGAACUACUUUAUAAAGAAAUACAUAAAAUCCGCUGUCGAAAAUGGCAGUAUCGUCCAAACAAAAGGGAUCGGUGCGUCCGGCUCUUUCAAACUCGUUCCCGCCAAGACAAAACCGAAAACAGACAAAAAACCAAAAGAAAAAGAUUCGGAAAAAAUGAAGAAAGUAAGAGAAAAAACGAAGAAGACCGUUGAAAAGGGCAUGAAAAAGACAACUGGAUCGAAAACCGACAAAGAAAAGGUUAUGAAACCGAAGAAAAUAACGGAAAAAGAAAAGAAAGUUAAAACAAAAGAAAAGGACGGAGUUGAAAAAGAGAAAAAGGAGAAGAAAGAGAAAAAAGUAAAAAUGACCAAAGGAAACCAAACACCGAUGAAGAAAAAGAAUUUAAUGAAAAGAAAAAGUGUUGGUUCCAUUAUAAAAAAACCAAAAAUGAAACCCGCUAUGAAAGCUUAA